UGUGGGGAGUAUCAGAGAGGUCCGUGGUAUCAUCUCAAUAUUGAGAGUUCUCCUUGGAAGGAGGGAUUUCUAGUUCAUAAAUAACAAUUGAGGUGUUCUAAAGUCACUCAUUCUGAUGAUAUAUACUGCUAGUCUAUCAGUGUAAAACUUUAUAUGAAGUCACCACGUAGUCUAUUGGUUUAAAUAGACACUCAUUCUGAAGAUAUAUGGCAAGUCUAUCAGUGUAAAACUUUAUAAAAGGGCACCACGUAGUCUAUUGGUAAAAUAGACACUGUGGAUGAAUGGCUAGUCCAUCAUUGUAAAACAAGAAGUCACCACGUGGUCUUUAGGUUUGUACAGAAAUAUCAGAAAUGGCUUCAGAUAUUCCAAAAGAGGCCAUAGUUAUCCACAACUCAAUGGUUCAUUAUCUUAGUGGACAUAUUGGGAAGACCAAAUUAAAGGAACUUACGAGACUGUUUAGAUUAAAUCCAUUAACUACAGUCGAAAUUGAUUCAGUUGAAGACAUCUAUGACCUAUUCGAGAUUCUUAUGAGAUACAUUGAAAUAGCUAUAGGAGACUAUACACAAUUCGUACUGCAACUUCAUCGUACAAAUCCAGACCUGGCGAUAUAUGUGACAGAUAAAGAGAAGGAAAUUAAAAGCAUUGUUGAUGGAGGUCCAUCACCAGGCAAAAAACCAAGGCCAGGAGAUCAAGGCCAGCAACAGUCUACAGAUCCGACUGCUAUGACUGUUACAACAGCAGACACAAGCCAAGCCAAAAGUCCAUCACCAGGCAAAAAACCAAGGCCAGGAGAUCAAGGCCAGCAACAGUCUACAGAUCCGACUGCUAUGACUGUUACAACAGCAGACACAAGCCAAGCCAAAAGUCCAUCACCAGGCAAAAAACCAAGGCCAGGAGAUCAAGGCCAGCAACAGUCUACAGAUCCGACUGCUAUGACUGUUACAACAGCAGACACAAGCCAAGCCAAAAGUCCAUCACCAGCCAAGCAACCAAGGCCAGGAGAUCAAGGCCAGCAACAGUCUACAGAUCCGACUGCUAUGACUGUUACAACAGCAGACACAAGCCAAGCCAAAAAAAUCCAUCCCGACUUGGAACCCAUGAUAGAAACAGCCAAAGCCAGAAUUAAAAAAGAAAAAAUAGUGAACAAAUUCUAUCCCACCAAAGGUUUCCGUGAUGCUAAAGAAAAGCUCCUAAACAACAGGGUUGUUGUCAUCAAGGGAAACACGGGAGACGGUAAGACAGCAAUUGCCGUUCAACUCCUUCAUUGGCUGAGUGAGGAGCAACAAGCCGGACAACCCCUACAACUUCAUGAGAUUAAGAAAUUAGAUUUAUUGGCUCCAAACUUGAAAUUGAUCACUUUUAUUGAUGAUAUUUUUGGUGAGAAAGAUGCGAGUAAAAAGGAUGUACAACAGUGGAACAAAAGAAUCUCAGAUGUAAAAACACUUUUUUUAGAUAAAAAAAACCAGACCAAUUUCCUCAUCAUUACUAUUCGUAAUAAAGUAUUCAAUUCUUUGGAAAAACGUUCUCUUGGAACAAUUUUUAACACAGAUAACAUUAUUGAUCUGAGUUCACAUACAUACGAACUUGCAGUAGAAAAACAACAACUUUUAGUGCUGUAUGAGCCAGAAAACUUUUCAUGGACAGACACAGAAAAAUCACAAAUUUUAACUUAUGCACCAAACAUUGGAUUCCCACAAUGUUGCCAGCUUUUCUACAAUUCUGAAGAAUUGCAGAAAGAGCGAGUGAGAUUUUUUGAAAAUCCUUUUUAUUUUUUGAAUGAAGCAUUGUCAAUAUUAAAAGAAUGGUCUGCACUUUUGUACCUCUUCCUCAAUGACGGAGUGAUCAGAGUAGAAGAUCUGGAUCCAAACAGUAAAAAAGUCAAUGAAACAUUGCUGGAACAAGCAUUUUCAAUAAAGUUGAUUGAUGGUAAAUAUCACACAGCCACUUAUCACACAGCAACUUUAUUUUGUGAUAAAAUUGGAAAAGUGGGAGUUAUAAAGGACAGUUUCGAUAAAUUAUUAGGCUUUUUGGUAAAGAAGGAGAAAAAUUGGUCUGGUGAGGAUGUGUACAGAUUUAAUCAUGAUUCUAUAUAUGCUGCUGUGGCAAUUUUGUAUGGAAAUGUCACACCGAUCGGCUAUAUACAGAAUUGUCCAAGCAAAUCCCUCAGUUAUCUAACAACCUCAGAGACAGCUACAAAAAUGAUUGUCAUAUCAUCUGAUCAUUUUACAGAGAUGUGUGAGCGUCUACUCCAAGAGUUUGAAUCUGAGGAGAAACGAUGUGGUACUAGUAGUAUUGGCUCUCUAGAUGUAUGGAAUGAUCAUGUAUUUGUUAAAAGAUUUGUCAGUUUGUUGAAUCACAAAAACGUUGAUAAACUUGCUGUUUUGAAUAAGGCAUGUUCUUUUGGUGCAGAAGAAUUUGUUUUAUAUCUUCUGUCAAAAGGUGUAAGACCUGACAAAGACACAGCAUUGUCAUUGGUUAGUGGACAUUUGAAUGAUAGUAACAGACAAGUGCGUUUACUUAGGGAAAUUGUUGUAUACUUGAAUGAUGAGACAAAAGUUGAUGUGUUGAAUCAAGCAUGUUCUUUUGGUGCAGAAGAAUUUGUUUUAUAUUUUCUGUCAGAAGGUGUAAGACCUGACAAAGACACAGCAUUGUCAUUGGUUAGUGGACAUUGGAAUGAUAGUAACAGACAAGUGUUUUUACUUAGGAAAAUUGUUGUAUACUUAGAUGAUGAGACAAAAGUUGAUGUGUUGAAUACAGCAUGUGUUUUGGGUGUAGCAGAAUGUGUUAAAUAUCUUCUGUCAGAAGGUGUAAAACCUGACAAGGACACAGCAUGGUGGUCAUUAAUUGAAGGACAUUGUAAUGAUAGAAACGGACACGUGGGUUUACUUAGGAAAAUUGUUGUAUACUUGGAUGAAGAGACAAAAGUUAAUGUGUUGAGUACAGCAUGUUUUUGGGGUGCAGAAGAAUGUGUUUUAUAUCUUCUGUCAGAAGGUGUAAAACCUGACAAGGACACAGCAUGGUGGUCAUUGUUUGACGGACAUUGUGAUGAUAGAAACAGACAACUGGGUUUACUUAGGAAAAUUGUUGUAUACUUGGAUGAUGAGACAAAAGUUGCUGUGUUGAAUACAGCAUGUUUUUUGGGUGCAGAAGUCCUUGUUUUAUAUCUUCUGUCAGAAGGUGUAAAACCUGACAACGACACAGCAUUGUGGUCAUUGAUUGACGGACAUUGUAAUGAUAGAAACAGACAAAUGGGUUUACUUAGGAAAAUUGUUGUAUACUUGGAUGAUGAGACAAAAGUUGCUGUGUUGAAAAAAGCAUUUUUUUGUGGUGCAGAAGAAUGUGCUUUAUAAGUUCUGUCAGAGGUAUAAGACCUGACAAGGACACAGAAUUGUGGUCAUUGAUUGACGGACAUUGUAAUGAUAGAAACAGACAAGUUGGUUUACUUAGGAAAAUUGUUGUAUACUUGGAUGAUGAGACAAAAGUUGCUGUGUUGAAUAAAGCAUGUUUUUGUGGUGCAGAAGAAUGUGCUUUACAUCUUCUGUGUGAGGGAGUAGAACCUGACGAGGAGACAGUGUUUUGUGUGGUGGAGAGAGAGAGAGUAAAAGUGUUACGUAAACUACUGCAGUAUGAUGUCACUACUACAGCGAGGGAUGAGUACAAUAACAAUGUCCUACAUCAGGCGUGUAAGCAUCGGAGAGAAGAGAUGGUGACGUUGUUAUGUGACACUUACCCACACUUGGUACAUGUACAUGACACUGGUGGGUUAGGACUAACCCCGCUCCAUGUUGUGGCGUGGACAGGAAACUGUUCUAUGUUUCAGACAGUGGAGAGGUGUGUACUUAACUCCUUAUAUAGAGUUGAGGACCAACAUCAUACGUGUGAGUCAGUAAAUGGUCUUGUGGUUCAUAGGAACUGUGUGUGUGUUCAGUAUAUGGCUCAGUUAGUGGAUGAUGACGGGAGAACGGUGUUACAUUGGAGUUGUUCGGGGGGACACAGGAAGAAUUGUUUAUAUUUAUGUCAGUCGUAUCCAGCACUUAUAACCACAGCUGUAGAUAAGGUGGGCCGUCAUUGUCUACUUUACAUAGCUGGGACAUAUAGGCUAGAUGUAGACAUGUUCACUGGGUGUGAAACUCAUGUAAAACAAUACCUAGAAUCUACAGGACGUAAGUGUGACAUCACAACCAUAUUUGCCAAUGACGGGAGAUCUGUUUUAGAUAUGGCAAAGGAAAGGACGAAGGAAAGGGCAAAGUUCUGGGAGACAAAACAAAUCCUUUUGUUAGAUCAUCUUGUCAAAGUGUUUGGCAAAUAAAAAUGUUAAUGAUUUCCAAAUGAAACGUACAAUUAUUAUCAACACAAACCUUUUAAAACAAUCAUGUGGAAAGGUCAUAUCACGAUGAAUGGUUUUAACGAAGACAUUUUAUUAGUUUUCAAAAGAUUUCGGUCCAAGUUUACCGAUCUCCGUGCUUCGUAAAAUAGGUCAAGGAGAGGAAUGGAGAGGAUCAUGUCGGGUUUCAGACCAGAGUUGAUGGUUUUAUGAUUGAUCAUGAUUGUGGUGUUAUAGGUUGUUUUAAAUGUAUUUUGAAGUAUUGCAUACAUGAUGCUAUGUGCUGUGAAUGAAUGAAACAUCAACAGUUAACUUUGAUAUGUUGUUGACAUUUGAUAGAUAUCAAAUAUUUCACAAUUCACCUGAACAGAAUCAUAAACUUCGCCAUUUUAAACAUUAUCAAAAUAUUUCUUUUAUUGUAUAUAUUUUGUUUCAAGAUUUGCAAUUUUUAUUAUCUUUGUUUAAUUUAAUCUAUUUAUGAUACAAUGUAUUCUCAUUUUUUGUGUAGUCUAAGAUAGAUUUGAGGUAAACAUAUUCUUGAUUAAAAUAAGUUAAAAGAGGAAGUUCAACACACAUUAAUAAAAAAAAAUUACAACUAGUGUGUACUGGUAUAAGGAUGUCUUCUUUGGGCUUUGACAGUGGGAAAUUUUUUUUGAGGAGGUUUGGCCUCACAGAUGACAAAAUAGAGUUUGUCAGGAGUGAAAUAAUUAUGACUUAAAUAUUAAUGAUACUUCAGAAUUGUUUCUCUCAAAGCAUUAACAAAUAAAGGUAAGGAUAAGUUUGCUGGAGUGGGGCCAAACAUUUCUUUUUCUGAUGUUUGAGUAUAUAAUCCUAAAUGCAGAGCAGAGUGAAGCCAUAUUCUUUUCUGAUGUGUUAAGAAAUAGAAAUAUAGAUUCAUUUUUUUUAAAUUGAAAAGGGAGAUAAUCCUUAAAUGUAGCAGUACAGCUUUGAUCACUUGUAAACGAAAGGGCCUGCACUUUUCUGGAUACGGUACACAAAAUAUUCAAGUCUGUUAUGAAAAUAUAUAUAUUAGACCAACGGUCCACUUGAGUAAACCAUGAAUGUCCUCGUCUUUUCCCCAAGAUCAGUGUUAGCGUGGAACAAUCUGUCUGCAGAUACGACCGGAGCACCUACCUCGGAUUAAUUCUAGGCGAGGUUGUCAACCAAACAAUAGAAGACAGACACUGGUGUACAUACAAUGUAGUUUUAUUAAAUGAACUUUUUGACAUUGUCAUUAUUUUAUAAUUAAGUACAUGCCGAACCUGUGCAAUCAGCGUGAUAUCCAAUAGGACGUUGCUGAUUUUACUGACCAAAACCAGAACCCUUUAACAAAUGUGUGAACAGGUGGGGAUCUCUUAAUUAAUAACAUGGAUAUUAAUUCCUGAAGGGUGGGUUCAAUUCCAUACAAGGUCUCGUCAUGCAUAGCAAGAUAACAUACAUUAAAAGGUCAUCUGUUGUUUUGGACAGGAUGAGCUAAGGUAUUUUUUUUGUAACAAAUUAACAGUAUUAAUAAUCACGUAUGAAAAUAAAAUAAAAUAUGUUAUCAGAUUUUUCCAUUUUUAUAUCUAUGAUAUAGACCAGAUGAGCUUAUGUUUUUUUUAACUAAUUAAUAGUAUCACCAAGUAUGGAAAAGAAAAAAAGU